AUGCACCUGGCGGUGUUUAAGGCGUCGUGGAGCUCAAACCAGAGAAUUCCGCACUCGCUGCAGUCGCCUCGAUCCUUCCUCUCUCCGCCGUCUCUGCGCAGCUUCCAACAGAAGAGGAGAAGAGGAUCCGGCACCGGCGGCGUCUGCGGAAAGAAGAGGCUGAUCGUCGGGAACAUGCCAUCUUCUUCUUCUGUUACCAUUUCGGCCAUAAUCGACGACGCCACGCGGGAAACAGGCGAGAAUGACAAGGCCCUCCGCUCCUUCCACUUGACGGAGACCACAUUUCUGGCCUCUCUCAUGCCGAAGAAGGAGAUCGGAGCAGACCGCUUCAUUGAGUCUCAUCCGGAGUACGACGGCCGGGGCACUCUCAUUGCCAUCUUCGGUACCGCUCGAAUCCACCAACUUGCUACGUCCUUCCUCUGUCCUUCACUAGUUUAUCUUUUUAUUUUUUGCAUUUCCUCUGGCUCACGACGUCGGACGUCUCAUCUAGUUCGUGGUUCGAUUGGUUGCCUUCUCGUUCAGGACGCUCGUGACAGAAGGGAAAAAUAAAUUAUGACUAGUGAUAGGAAACCUCACCAAGGUGCUGCGUCGGAUAUGUAGUAGAUGAGUAGACUAGCCACGUCCAUCACGAGUUAACUCUUCCGAGCAACUGCCGUAGACAUCAUGAUAUUAUUUGGGGGCGGAUUGUGUCUCACAUUUCUGUGAGUUGUAUUUUGCUCCGAAGUUUCUUGUACAGGCGAAGAAUCAAUAGCAAGAAAGAGAAAAGCUUUGUUCAAAGUUGUUUUCUUCCUUGGAUGUUUCUGCCACGCUCAUUACCGAGUUUGGGUAUGUAUAUCUAGAAGGCACCAUCUUGAUGCGUCUUUUUUAAUGUAACAAGCAGCAUAAAAAGUUAGAUUCUCAGUGUUUAGAUUCAUGUUCCCAGACCAUUGCAGAGAAACGAUAAACUGAUAAUCUUGAACUGUUGAAGGCAUCGGAAAAUGUUUUCAUCACUCCUUGGGAUAUCAGACGACAUUGUAAUGAUAAGAAAAGGAAAAUUAAUCUUAAAUUUGGACGUUGAAGGUCUUAUGCUCAGGUCCUUGGGGCAGUGAUAAAUGGGUUCGUCGAGAUUGAUAUUUUCGUGUCAGAUAUGGAGAUAAAAAAUUUCACUUGAGGAAACAUUAAAGGCAAUCUCAACUAUUAUCGUGUGCGGCUGAACAAAAUAAUAAAACUAUGGCAAGGGCUGUUGGACAAAAGUUGUGCUGAUUUAUGGAGAAGAUUACGAGUAUUCUACAGGUUUGUACUUUUGUUUCUCUUUGAAUGACUAGAUUGUCUGUUGGGUUCAUAAUCCUAAAAUCAGAUGUUGACAUUUUUCAGAUGUUUGUUUGGCAUAAACGUGCAUGCAUGUGACUGAGUUAGAUAUUUUGGAGGUACUUGACGGUCUAUAUAGGCCAUAUAUGACGGUUUAAGGAAAAGGCAUCUAUCACAGCAGCAGUAAUUGUAUUUAUUUUGGGUUAAUAUCGUAGACCUAUCAAAUGUGUACGACGUAAUUAUUUUUCUGCAGAUUCUGGUGUUGAUCCAGCUGCUGGUGGAUUGCAAGUGACUUCAGAUGGGAAGCCCAAAAUUCUGGACGUAUUAGAUUGGUAACUAUUUCACUCCUUUACUUUUUGUUUUAGUCUCCUUAUUCAUUUGUUAGUGGUUUCAUAUCUUGAGGAGGAUGGCGAAUUUUCUUUUCAGUACAGGGAGUGGAGAUAUCGACACAUCAACAGUUGUCAAGGCCGAUCCAGAAGGUUAUAUCAUAGGAAAAUCAGGUAGGUAUCCUAGUUACACGUUUUUUCCGUAAUAUUGCUUAAUUUAAGAUGUACUUGACUCCGUUCUUUACUCGGGUAUAAAGGUUUAUGUGAGACUCAUUUUCUCAAGAUUUUUUUUUUUUUGGAAUAGAAUGGAAAGGUUUUUAUAAUAACUCAAUGACGGCCAUAGAUGUGGUAAGGUUGUGGGGGAAUGAAAGAGAUGGCUUCUGUUCCCCUUCCCCAACUGAUGAUUAAUUAGUGAAUGACCGAGAAAUUGGUGAAUGUUGCUCAAAAACUUGUUUAGGGGUAGGGGGUGAUGGAUUGUAAAUCUCAUUUCAGAAAGAGAGUUUCAUCUCUAAAAAGGGGUACCUUGAUAUUUGCUGGACAGCGAGAUGUUGAACCAAUUAUUGCUCAUGAAAUCUUCACCAUUAAAUGCCUCAACCGAUCACACAUUCUGAUUGUGCAUAUGGCAUAGGUCGCAACCUUGCCUAUAUCCUUUAAAGAGAGAGUUUUUUUGAUUGUAGCCUAUGCUACUUCUGCACCAAAUGGAUAAUAUGCUUAAAUUAUUUUUCCACAGGGGCACGGCUACAGGUAAAUCGAUCAUGGGAGAAUCCUUCUGAGGAGUGGCAUGUUGGUUAUAAACUAGUUUAUGAGCUUUUUACCAACACUUUGGCUUCUCGCAUCAGGGUACAUAUUACAAUGCUUUUUUCUUGGUGGAUUUAUCACCAUUCAUUCUGGGUAACACCUUUCUUCUGCACUUUAUAGAAAUAAUAACGGAUGCAGCUCAAAACAUCAUUGCAGGAAGAAAGAAAGAAGAGAUGGGACGAGAAAAACCAGGAAGCGAUUUCAGAAGCUUUAAAAUGUCUAAACGAAUUUGAUAAGGUUUUUGUUGAAGGAUUUUCCUCAAUUUUCCUUUUACUGUUAAUUAUCCAUUUUGAUCAUUUUCCUUGGUUUUAAGCUUUUUUUUCUUGUUGCUGCUCAAGAUUGUGUUGCAGGUGAUAUCUGUUCUAUAAAUGGUUUAGAUCACUUUAAAGGAAAAAGGAAAAAGAUAUCUCAUUAUGAUAGCAUACACUAAUCUGUCGUAUCAGUGAAGCCAUGUUUCCUCUAAAAGUCCAGAAAGUCAUGUAAAGUUGAACUUAAUUGUUGCACAUCUAGUCAUUUUUUGGUCGAUUCUCUUUGUCAUCUUUGAAUUUUUUUUUUUUGGUCCAAAAUCUUUGUAAGAAAUAAAUUUAGGUUGUAAGAUGCCAUGUCAGUUAAGGCCAGAAGCUUAGCAAAAGCACUCCUAGACUUUAUUUCAACUUUUUAGGAUGCUAUAUUCUUCUGGGACAGAGUAAGCAAUCUGGUAUUUUACGUCAAAAAUUAGAUAGAUGAACAUUGGGCUUCUUGACAGUGUUAGAUCUUGUCUUCAUUCAAUACUAAUUUCAAUCAAAUGGUUUCUAAUAUAAAAUUACAACGUGCCCAUAUCUUCCAAUGUUUUAUCAACUUACCAAUAGUUAACAUGGCAUUUGAUUGUGGUUGAUUUUUUCAUAAUACAUCGCUUAUCCAUAUUACUCAUUGUAGAUGUGAGGACUUCAAGUUGUCAAUAUCUCGUUAUUGGGAUAGUUUUUUUGUCUAAAUAUGUAUUUACAAGGGAAUCAAUUAGGUUGUGCUGGAAAACAUAGGCGUAAGGAGAAUGACCUCUGUCAUGAAGGACAGAGGAGAGAACAAGAGACAACCACCUCUUUAUCCAUUCACCUUUAACAUCCUUUAUAUAAGGCGGAAUCCUAGACAGCUGUCCCAAAAAAUCCUCGGCCUUUUACAAUAUUUCCUUACAACCUAGAACUUCCAACACUCUCCCUCAAGAUGAACUUUUCUAAAGUUCAUUUUGACAAAGUCGUUGACAAGCAUUCACUUAUUAGAAAACGAAUUUGUGAUAAUAAUGAUCUGUUGUGACAGCAAUUUCCCUUGUAAUGGCAUCGAAAAGCAACUCUUCUGCUGGGUUGUGACUUUGCAGGACUGUUUCAUAGGACAAUGAUGCCUUUUGAUGUCGGACUGUAUGAGAUGUUGCCAGACUGCAAGAUUGUGCGAGAUGAUGUCAAAUGGCCCCAGAUGACCUUGGCGCGCUCGAGAUGACACUAGACACAGAACUAUGCCGGACAGAGGAAGGACAAUGCUGGAUGGUGGAGGGACAAUGCCAGAUAGCAUGGAUGGUAACGGCGCAGAUUGUGGGAGACUCUAGUCGCCAGACUAAAAAGGAUGUUGGACUGAUGCAGAACAAAAGGAGUCGGACUGAGGAGGGCGGACAACAUUGGACGCUGGACAUACAUCAGACAACGGAUGACACCAGACAGAGAAGGGACAGCAUUAGACGAGAAUGCUGGUGCUGGACGUCACUGGACGGAGGAUGGAAUUAGACUGAGAUAACACCUGAUAGAUGACUACAUAGGAAUGACGCCGGAAGGAUACUCGGCGGAGGUAGAAAAUCUUGUCAAAAAGUAACAUGGCAGAGGUAGAAACCCUUGCCAGAAAGGUAUUCGGCAGAAGCGGAAGGCCUUGUCGGAAAGAAGCUCGAUGCCAAUAGCUCUGGCAGAUGGAGGCAGAGUAUGUCGGUGACAGCGGCAUCAACUUGUGACGACGUCAAAGAAGGGCUUGAAACCCUAAGACGUCUUUGAUACCAUGUUGAAAAAUAUAGGCACAUGGAGAAUGACCUCUUUCACGGAGGACAAAGGAGAGAACAGCGGAUCACCCCCUCGCUAUCCAUUCACUUCUAACACCACUUGUAUAAGGAGAAACACUAUGCGACUGUCUUAAAAUACCCUCAGCCUUUUACAGCAUUUCCUUACGACCUAAAAAUUCCAAGAGGUUUUAUCAGAUUUUGUUUUUGUUUUGAUGCAGAGUUGCGGUCUCAUCUUUAAUCUAUAUAUUUGAACAAUGAUUAUUGUGUCAUUUGUCGAACUGUUUCUGUUCUCACUUAUUGUCAUUUUACGUGUACCUUUUAAUCCUUUUAAUUUAUAAGGUGCAUAUACAAAAUCAUAUUUCCUUAACUAUUUCCAUGUCUAAUUCCCUUACAGAAACAUAUCAAAAGUGAUGAUUUGAGUGUUAAAAAUGUCAGGGAUGACCUCCAAAAUAAGAUUGAUUUUCUAAGGAAACAGGCCGAGGUGAGUGAUUCUGGUGAGGUUCUUUAGAUGACAAAGUAAAUGAUAAUGAUUUCCAUUGGUUUCUGAUGUUUAUUUCUUUCAGAUUUAUGAUGACAGAGGACCUGUGAUAGAUGUAGUUGCUUGGUAUGAUGGGAACGUAUGGAGGGCUGCCCUUGACACACACAGUCUGGAGGAUGACCCAGAAAAUGGCAAACUGGUUGAUUUCGUUCCGCUGACAAACUUUAGGUUUGUGACAUGUUGCUCCUAAUUUAUCUUAUUGAAGUGUUGGUCUUCCACACGUGAUUGGAUUCAACAGAGUGGCAGAAAAUAGUCUCCGAAAAUUGUACUUAUUCUGAGCUUCGUUCCCUUUCUUUCUUCUCGGUAUGUUUGUGUUUCUCUCUCAAAUUAUGGCAGAAAUCCUAUGAAUCUCCUACAUUUAACAACCCCAUGGAAAAAGGGAAAAAAUAUCGAUUCAACCAAGAGUUUCUUCAAAACGUAGUUCACAGCUUUGUACUCUGGUCAUGUCCUGUUUGAUAAAAAUAAAUUAUGAAAUAGAAAUGACUGGCCUUUAACUUUGGUUCUUUUGUUAUGUUCUUAGUGGGGAAGCAAAUCUUGGGCGCCGAAUAAAUUAAUAAAUUAAAUGAAGAAGUGACUUAUAAGUAACCUUGCAGGACUGAACGGAAGUAUGGCAUAUUUAGCAGACUGGAUGCCUGCUCUUUUGUCAUAAAUAUUUAUGAAGGAGGGAAUGUUGUAAGUAUCGUAACAGAUUCAUCGCCACAUGGCACCCAUGUUGCUGGUAUUGCAGCUGCUUUCCACCCAGAGGUAUAGAAGCUCCUUCAAUGAAUGUAGAUUUUGUGAUUCUGCAUUUGUGCUAUGAUAUUGAUAUCAAUGGUCAGGAACCCUUGUUGAAUGGAGUUGCACCUGGAGCCCAGUUGAUAUCUUGUAAGAUUGGAGACUCAAGAUUGGGUUCAAUGGAAACGGGAACUGGACUAGUUCGUGCACUAAUUGCUGCAGUUGAGGUAGUUUUUAUUUCACGUGUUGCCAUGUAAUUGAUGUUUGAGCCUGGUUUAAAUGGUGUCCUGUGUGUUUGUGUUUUUUGUUAUGUAACAUCUGUUCAUCAAGUGUCAACAACAUGAUCUAGACCAAUAUCCAUGUAGAGAUAUCGGUCAGCUGUUAUUCAAUAUAUUUUAAAAUUUUCUAAUGGUAAAUUAGAUAGUGUGACUUUGGCUGGAGCAAGUUUUACGCAAUUGCAGUUACCUAGCGUUCGAAGAUCAAUGACAUUCGACUAUUAGGUAAUAUUCUAUAAAAAUUAUAGUCUAAUAGGUAAAAACAAAUAAACAAGUCGCGAGAAGAUAUGAAAUUCUUUCAUCAAUAUCUCAUUCAAUAAAAUUGAUUUAUGGAAAUGUUUAUGUUUUCAGCUUCUGGGGUUAUCUUUGAGAGUUAUCAAAAAGAAGAUUGUAUGAAAUAUUUUCAGUUUCUGGGGUUUCACUAGAACUGAUUAUGGGGAAAAGGAAACAUUUGAAUCCUAUGAUAUAUUUACGUUAGCAGAAUGCCAAGGCGUAUAUUGCAUUCUAAGAAGCCUUAGAACAUUGUUUCAUGGGGAUUAAGGAGUAGGCUAGUUUGACCGAACAGGCUGUUUGGCCAAAUUGAAUUACAGAAAUGUCAUGCUGUAUCGUAAUUAUGAUAGAUGAAAAGAAGAAUCAGUCAACUGACAGAUUUAAUGGAUGCUCAUUGAUUAAAGUUGGUUCCUUCUCAUAACUAUUUUCCUAGAAACGAGCAAAUGGUGCUUAGUUCCUGUCGAAACUCAACCAUUAAGAGGCAUAUAUGCCAUUGUGCGAUGUUAUGUUUGAUCUAAAUAAUACAGCCUGAAUUUACUUGUCAGGUGUGCAUAUGUUGCCGUAACAUGGAUGCAUGGAUAUGUGUAGCUUAUAAAAUUACCAGCAUGUUUCUAUGAACAUGAAGCUUUUCGAGUAUGUGGCGUGAAAUAGACAAAUCAAAUAUGAGGGCUCAGUAUUAGAUGGGAAACAAAAUUUAUCACUUUAUGACAAAAGCUAAGACCCUUUGCGCUAUUGGGUAAACAAAAAAACUAAGAUACUGAAGUACACUAUUGUUGACAUGUAACAGAUGCCAACCUUUACAAAUACAUGCAUGGAGGUAACGAAACAUAAUAAAUAAAUUUCUAUUGUGUUAUCAUAUUUUUAUCAAAUGUCCCUCUUUUUCCAAACAUUUAUUUCCUUUGCAUCUCCAUACUCUUCUUUGUUAAUAAUUCCCAUCCCUCUAAUUCAAAAGUGCAUUUGUUGGCUGACUUUGGGUCUGGCAGUGGUAGUGUUGUCAUGAGAUGAUGACCAAUGACCUCAAUAUCCUUCAAUCUCAGGGCAUUCGUCCUUCGUACAUAGUAUACAUCUUACUGGUGAAUGUUUAAUGUGCCUCAACAUAUUAUCCACGACUCUCAGGUGAACAUUCUUUGGAGAAUGUGUGAACUGAUAGAGGAAUCCCUAUCUUCGCAGGGAAAAAGAUGAUUCUUCGAUUCAUGGUUUUAGUUUUGCCUCUCAACUCAAAAAAGGAUUCGUGGAUAAAUUAGGAAUAUGAAUAAUCCACAAAACAGUCAGAUGGUCGCUAAUUUUGAUAUUAUCCUUUUUAGUAACUUGGAAGGCAUUUGUCGUGGUCAUUAUCUCUUGUCUCAAGCUUAGAAAUGGGUUCAGAAGAUUGUCAGGAUACCACCCAUGUGAUCAGUUUUUCCUUAUCAUGUAAACGAGUUAUUGUCAACAUCAGUAGAAGUACGUAGAGCUACUGCACUAGAAACUGAUCGAGAGUGCGAGGAGGGGGGCUUUUGUGAAUAGAUCUUCUUCAUCUGGGUACAUCUAAGGAGAAUCCUGACGGUGCUGGCUUGUUGGAACUUAGAACUUGAAGAAUCUUGGCACAAAUGGAUUGAACUGCAGUAGUAUAUCCUGUGGUUGACUACAUUUGUUUUUCUGAUAACUUUAUACCAGUAGAAAGAAACGUCCACUAGUUUUUUUUGUGUCAUUAUAUUCUUUUUAGACAUCAAUUUUCCCUUUCUUUCAUUCAGUUGAUUUAUAAAUACUUUCAUCUCUGCGGGGAGCUGACUUUGAAGCAUGCGGCUGUUAUACAUGACAAUUCCUUGACAAGAGUUUAUGAUUUUGACUACUUUUUUUAGAAACGUGUAUACGUGGUUUUAUUGUUGCAAGUGCUUGUGCUGUAUCUAUCGUACCGUUCCGACCUUUAAAUCUUAUUUCUUUCCAUGGGGAAAUAUGAAGAAAGUACUUUCUUUAAAUUGUUUGUAGCUUAUUAAUUGAGAUACUCAUGAUAACUUCGUUUCCUGAUUUGCAGCAUAAAUGUGAUCUCAUCAACAUGAGUUAUGGAGAACCUACGCUUCUGCCAGAUUAUGGACGCUUUAUUGACCUUGUGAAUGAAGUAUUACUGCUAAACAGUUGCAACUGUCCACUAUAUCGAUGAUUUUACAAGUUCUCUAUCGUUACUGUCAACUUGUACUAAUAUUUCUGGUGUUUCAUGUAAUCUAGGCGGUGGAUAAACAUCACAUAAUAUUCAUUAGCAGUGCUGGUAAUAACGGGCCUGCAUUAACUACUGUGGGAGCUCCUGGUGGUACUGCUACAAGUAUAAUAGGAGUUGGUGCAUAUCUGUCCCCUGCCAUGGCUGCUGGAGCUCACUGUGUUGUGGAUCCUCCAUCAGAAGGAUUAGAAUACACUUGGUGAUUAUCAUGCACGAAAGUCUUCAAUUUAUUGAUUAACUGUAUGUAGGUCCAAGCGGAAUAUUUUAUUAGAAUGUCAGUUAAUUGAGUUUUAAUCUGUCACAUAAAAGCAUAUGAAAUGGUCUUUAGUUUCAUAUCAAAUAAUUUAUUCAUGCUUCAAUUUUCCCGUUAAGUUAAUAUAGUCAAUUCGGACAUGCUAUGCUACAUCCAAAUCAUGCGUUACUUACAGAUGGCAAUAGUGUUGCAGCAUGGCAAGCAUAUGUUUUACCACAUAUUUACUACAGUAUUAUCACGUUGAGUGAUAUUUUAUGACACAAAUAUAUGGUUGAUUUGGGUGAGAAUAUUGCUGCAGCACACCUCGUUGAAUGCUUGAAUAAAAUGUUUAAUACGACUUCUUCUCUUUCCUGGAUAACUCAAAACGUUUGAUAUCCUUGUUUUACUGCAAUGGACUAAUGAAGGAAGAUUCAUGUGCUCCUUGAACACGAAGUGGCUGAUGUUUUUAUAUUGUGCAAUGUGGCUAAACAAACAUGAUGCACAGGAAGAUUAUCAACAUUUUUUGUGGGACACAAUUCGCAGAUUGAAAGUUACUGUGCAUUAGAGCCGAAAAUUUUGAGGAAUUUAAUUAGUGGAACAUAUGAAACUUUGUGGGAGCUGAGCCAGAGAAGGAUAACUAAGUUGUCGACCAAGUUGUUGGAUCUUGAUAAAUACUUCAUAUCUUGAUGUGUUUGUUGCUGGUUCUAAUCAUGUUUUGAAGUUACAUUAAAGUUAUGUGCCAUGAUUACCUACUAUUUUCUUCUGUAUGCUUUGUGUGAUCAGCCUGAAAGUUGUUCUUUUGCUUGCUACAUUAAACAUUUGAAUGCGGAGCUUUUUUUUGUGGGAUUGACAGGUCUAGUCGAGGACCAACAACUGAUGGAGACCUUGGCGUCAGCAUAAGUGCACCAGGCGGUGCUGUUGCACCCGUACCAACCUGGACUCUACAACGGCGCAUGCUUAUGAAUGGAACUUCAAUGGCAUCUCCUUCAGCGUGUGGUGGAGUCGCUUUGCUCAUUAGUGGGAUGAAGGUUCUUAAAUAUUUCUAACGAUAUGUGAUUUUAUCGGCAUGUGUAAAGGAAUACAUUGAGACAUUUUGCGUUUUUUGCAGGCUGAAAGUAUUCCUGUUAGCCCAUACAGUGUAAGAAAAGCUCUGGAGAACACUGCAAUUUCUGUUGGUGAUAGGCUUGAAGAUAUACUCUCCGCAGGGCGUGGAUUAAUGCAAGUUGACAAGUAAGCUACGCAUGGCAUUGAUCCUCCACUUUUGUUGGACUGUUGGCCUGUUUGUCUUAUUUCUGAGAUCAUCUUGAGGGUUCUUAAAUCCGCUUGUUCUUUGGUCAUUCUUGGUAAACAGGGCAUUCGAAUCUAUUAUUCAGUCUCGGAAUCUCCCUAAUGUUUACUAUAAAUUAAAGAUCAAUCAAGUCGGAAAAACAAGUGAGUUGUGCUUGCUAAUCUUUCAUGUCUACUUAUAUUAAAGAGUUUUUUCCAGCUUUGAUAUCAAGACUUCCUAUUUUUGAACUGUGGAUGUGAAAUGAAUUGUUGCAUUUCUUCGAAACGAGACUUUAGUUGUUUUAGGAAUUAUGGAGGACCUUGUUUGGCAUAUGUUAAACUUUUUUCGUAAAAAAAAAAAGAGAUAAAGUUUAUUGCGUACCUAGUUUGAAAAAGAAACCCGAUUUUGUGGGAGCAUAGAAGAGCUUGAUGUCGGUAUUUAAGAAGCCCAACACAUGGUUGAUCACAUCGCACUUGAUUUGGUAACAUUUUAUGUGAUCUCUUCUAUAAGGUGGUGCUUCAAUUAUAGCAUUAAAACAAUGGGUAACUGUUGGAAAUAGAGAAAAAACCUCGUCACGAAGGACGGAGGGGAGAACGGCGGAAACCGCCUCAAGAUUCAUUCAACUGUAACCCCCAUUCUAUAGGGAGUAACGAUACACAACUUUUACCAAAACACCUCAACUAGUUACACUAUUUCCCUACGACCUAGAACUUCCAACAGUAACAAAAUAGGAGGGAAGAAAUUCCCACCUUUGCUGUGCAUGCGUUGGAGCUGUCUCAUUCUGAGCCAUGAGAGUUGGGAGUUAGACAAAUGCAGUCAAAUCCAAAAUUUUCUUGGUUUCUUAGUAACCCUUUGUAGAAAGUUAGCCAACCUGACUUUUGUUGAUGAUUCUUUGAAGGAAGAUAUGUUUGAAUGAUAUAAUAUUGUCCGGUUCUAUAUAUUUCUUCCAAGUUUUAAAUUCUUCUUCAUAUCCUGCGACUUAGCACACAAUUCUGUCACGGAGUUCAUGAUGAAUGUUUUCUGUUCUUCUGUUGCGUCAUUAAUCUGAAGGUUGGUAAGUAUAUGUUGUAUUGUUGCAAAUUCUUCCAUUUCACCCUGGGGACCAAUCCCAUUAAUGUCAGACCUUAUUAUGGUGGUGGUUAAUUGCUUGAGUAAAAAAUUCUAUCUUAAACUCUAUACUGACUUGCGAAUCAAUUGGUUCUGUACUGAAUCAGCCUUUUUUAUGAGCAAUCUGAGUUUAUUUGGGCUGAUCACUUUGUUUUUGCUGGUUCAGCCUAUCCCCAUGUGGUUUAUGUUCAAUUCAAAAUUUGAUAUGGCUUGAAUGAGUUUCAGCUUAUGAUCCAAUUCAAAAUUUGAUUUGGCUUGGAUGAGUUUAAGCUUAUGAUCCAAUUCAAAAUUUGAUAUGGCUUGGAUGAGUUUAAUGAAGUAGGCUGUCCUUAUGUAACGUAAUGCGAUCCACAAAGCUGGAAGCUUGUAGAAGUGACUAUCUGAAAAUGCAUAGAUCUCCAUGGAGGAGAAAAAAUAUUGACGAUAAAACAAAAGAUUUCCUUACUUGGAGCCGUGUAGAUACUAGUAAACACCCUAGAACCUCAACUAAAUGAUCGCAAUAUUCUCACAUAUGGUCACUUAUCCGAGGAAAUUUGGUCACAGUACCAAAAUAAAAAGUUAGAAUGCACGAAAAAGAUUGUUUCUAGACUAUUCUUGUCACUGUAAGUCCGUAACUAUCUAUACUCAUUUUUUAAGAUAUUGGGCCGCACGACCUUCUGGAUUAGUGAAUUCAUUAGAUAGCCAUGCACCUUAGCGAUUUUACAUUCAUAUAACUUGCGCUGAGGAUCCAGAAUGUCUUCUGAUUUGUAUCCUUCUGAUGCUUAAUAUUAUUAAAAUUGAUGUGAAAUAAAGUACGCGUGCUUAAGAGGACGCCAAUGUAUUGCACUCUAGUGACAUUUGGGCAAUAGUUUUCUUUUCUUCUCUUAUGACUAUUGACGUGAAUGCAGGGACAGUGGGGCUAACAUUCAAUAUAUAGUAAUAAUUUUUUUUGUGGAAGAAUAUGUCAAUAUAGUGUUCUGGUGACGUCUGGGCAAUGUUUUUCAUUUAAUCUGGUUAUAUAUCCACAUUUUUAUCUAUGAAAGAGGUAUUAUAUUUUUUUGUGUGGAACAAUAUGGCUAUAGACAUGAAAGCAGGGAUAUCUGGCCUACAUGGAACAUGUUGAAAACUCAUGCUAUCCGGUUUUUUUGAGCAAUUGAGUUGACUGUUCUGGUUCAUGCCAUCCUAAAGGCGACCUAAGUUUUUGUUGUCUCAUGACAUUUCUAUAUCUUCAGCUCCUAUAUCACGAGGGAUCUAUCUAAGGGAAUCUCGUGCUUGUCAGCAAUCUAGUGAGGUAGGUAAUUUAUUUCUUGCUUGGUACAUUCUGCUUACUUGAAGAUUUAGAUACGGUCUGAAGUCCGUUCUCAUAAUCUCAAUUUGAAACGGUUAUACCUUUUCUAUUUGAAUAUUUUUCUCAUAAGAGCUUGACUGGACUUUGCUUCUAAUAGAAAAUUACAGGCAAGGAUUACUUCCUUUUGGCGUUGAACUUCUAUAUAGAAGUAUCUAUCCGAAGUCCCAGUGUUUUUCCUGUGGCAGCUAUUCAUCUCAUAACCUGUUGUAGUUUUUCUCAUGCAUUCUAUUGCUUUUGUCAUGCAUUGCUUUCUUACUGCUAAUGCUACGCUUGAGUUUUACUUGAAAUCGCCGUUGAUUAUUGAGGGGUAUCAUUUCACUUGUGUAUUUGUCUUAUGGGUUGAUUUUAGUAAAUGGAAUGAUAACACAAUCUGUUGUAUUUAAAUUUAUAUAACUGCAGUGGACUGUGCAAGUUGAGGUGAAGUUUCACGAAGGUGCAAACAAUUUGGAGCAGUUAGUACCAUUUGAGGAAUAUAUACAGCUGCAUUCCAGUGAAAGCUCAAUUAUUCAAGCUCCUGAGUUUCUCCUGCUCACUCACAAUGGCCGUCGCUUCAAGUUGGCAUUCUUUUCUUCUAGCUUUUUAAUUUUCUAGUGUAUAAUAUUUGUAGGCCUCAAUAUCUAUUUCGGUACUUUACCUUAGUUCUGAUCUCAAAUAACAGAUAUUACACAUUUGUGGUAUGCUUUGCAUAUUGAAGGGUUAUGGUUGAUGUCGUUUGCUGCUAAACCCUUGACCUCUUAUCGUGUGCCCAUAUUCUUUCGUCUGAUCGUCUCCAACAAUGAUAGAAGAGAGAAAGGUAUAGAGCGAAAAGUAGUCAGCAGAAGUCCUAAAAGAUUAUUUUUACACAAUUUUUUACAUCAGGGCUGGUAUUUAUACCAGUCCGCUAUUAUGAGAGAGUGAUAGUGAGAAAAUAAUCAAGCCAACUCAGAUUGGGCUGGUUUUGUUAAUAAUAGGAGAGAGAAAACAUCGAAAAUGAAUAAAUUACAUGGAUGAAAAAAAAAAAAAAACACAUCAUAUUCUGACACUCUCCCUUAAGUUGGUGAAUGUAUGUUGUCUAUUCCCAACUUGGACAUGAGUUGAUGAACGCUGUUGUGAAGGCCUUUGGUAAAUACAUCUGUAAUUUGAUCACUUGUAGGCAUAUAUGGAGAGCAGAUUAGAUCGCUUUCUAAUUUCUCUUUAACGAAAUGUUGAUCAAUCUCAAUGUAUUUAGUUUUUUCAUGUUACAUUAGAUUAUGUGCAAGACUAAUAGUUGAGUUAAUGUUACAAUAAAGUUUCAUUUAUGUCAUCUCGUGAGUACUCUUGAGCAUACACAUAUUUUGAGACAUUCGCCUUUUUUCUUGAAUACACUUGACCAAAUCUUUUGUUUUUAGGUACCUUGUGGGAAAUGGGUUCAUGAAUAGGUGAAGAUAUGGGUAAUGUAGUGUAUUUUUGUGAAGAACCUCGAGUAGGGAUUAAAAAGUUUGUUUCUUGAUCUUCUAAGAAUGGACUAGUCCCUACAUCACAAGAUGUUGAUAUAAUAUGCCUCUUUUUCAUAGAAAGUGAUAUCUAUUAAUAUGAAGAUUUUUUUCAAUGGAAGAUGAUAGCAAUGGUUCUUUUUUUAUUUUGAGAAUAUCUUAUAAACAUGCACUUUAGUGUUUUAGGGUGCAGCUUAUCUCUAUGUCGUUCAUGGAUGUGAAUAAAUGCUACACAUCCAAAAAAAAUUAACGAGAGAUCUGGUUUUAAUAGAAUAUGAAGAUAAAAAGAUAAUAAUGUCUUUAUUGAGGUUUUAAAGACAAGCGAUCUAGAUGAUAUAUGAUUUAUAAGUUAGGUUGCUAUAAGAAUUACCUAACCCCAAAAAAACUUUGGUACUUUAUUUUGAAGGAGAAGUUCCCUAAUAGCUUCUAAUAGGUGACCAUUCUCACAUUCAGCCACCUCAUUUUGUUGUGGUGCAUUGACACAUGAUGAUUUAUAUAGAAUUAUCUCUUUUUGAACAUAAGAUGUUAAUAUUUGAUUAAAGUAAUUUUUAAUAUUAUGAGAUCUGAAUAUCUUAGUAUCUGUUCCAAAUUGAGUUUAAUGACGGAAUAUAAUUGUAAGAGUUUAAUACUUUAAAUUUACUUUUAAGGAAAUAAACCCAAGUCUGGUAUGAUCAUCUAUAAAGGUAAUAAUCACCUAGCUCCACUAAUGUUAGGAAUGGAAGCAGGUUCUCAAACAUUACUAUGGAUACAAAAGAAAAGUAUUGAACUUUUCGUGUUACUUUUAGGAAAUGAGUUGCAUCUAUGUUUCGCAAACUCACAUACAUCACACUUGAAUUCAAUUACAUUCAGGUUUUGAAACAAAUAUGGAAAUAGAGUUUCAAUGAUUGUAAAUGAUGAAUGUCCUGGUCUUUGAUGAUGAAGUCAAAUUCUAAGUUUGACUAGUGAGGUUCCUCAGACAGAUUGAUCUUCUGGUCAGUUAUGUUUGAUUGGGUAGAUAGUUCAAGGUAGUAGAGCCUGCCCCAUUCUUUAGCGUGUCUGAUCGUCCUUCCAAAUGUCUCAUAAAAAAAAAGACAAGAGUUAGGGUCAAAUAAGAUGGAACUGUCUAGGUCUAAUGUGAGUUUGCUAAUUGAAACUGGAUUAGCUGUCAAUCUGGGAACAUGAAGGACACUAUUUAUGACGAUGGAAGGGAAAAGAUGAAUGUUUCUUACUUCAGCUAUUGUGAUUAAGGAGCCCUCAGCUAUGGUAAUUUUCCUAUUACUGAUACAAGGAGAAUAAAUGGUAAAUAAUUGGGAGGAGUGGGCCAUGUGUUCGGUGGCUCUUAAAUCAGUGAUCCAUGAUGAAGAAGAAAUAUUUUUUGAGGCAUUUAACUCAAUAAAAGUAGAAAAUUUACUUGAACGUGCUAGAGAACAUGAAGCUAUUAACUCUUGGACUUGUAAAUUUUCUUCUAUGAUAGGUUGGCAUGGUUCUGAUGUGCUUCUCUCUCCUUGUUGCACAACAGUGAUAUGGGCUUGACCGCCGGCCUUGGACUACCUUCUUUUUUGUCCCCACUCUUGAUUUUGAAGUCUGUUGUUUAAUUUGCAGUAUCUCUCUAUAGUAUGCCUGGGUUUUUUGCAAUAUGUGCGCUAUAGGGUGUCUAUAUAUUCAUGGCUUGAGUUUUUGGCUAAUUCAUAAGUAUUAGGUUGAUCCCUGAUUUUAUUGGUAUUAGCAGCUAGAUUUUUGCUACUUUUGGCCACAACUACCGUGUUGUUUAUAAUUUGUGAGUCAAGCAUAAAACUUCUAUGAAUUUUCUCUCCCUUAAUGAAAGAUAUCACCUCAUUUAAAGGGGGUAAUCUCUGUCCAGAAUCUGGAUUCUAACUUGAUCAGAUUCAGAGUUCAGUGUGACCGGAUAUUAUAGGUUCCAUCUUUUUCCAUUUCCUCUCUAUACAAGGCCGUGCCGAUUGUAACUCUCAUAAUAGUAGUUUUAUAUCGAUCAAAUUCCUGUCAUAAUGCUCACUUCAUUUGUGUAUUCAAUUACUGAUUUCUGUCAUUUUCUCAAUGUCGUCAUCCUCAUUUUUAACUCGUAGAUUUAUGUUACAUCCCUGAGUUGUCAAUAUGUCUGAUGUCAAUUUUCUCAAAUGUCUCAGAAUGUAGGAAGAUAUAGAUACGUUCUAUAAAUUUCCAGAAUCAUAGUGGUCCACAACCAUUCUGUGAUUCUUGAAUCCCUUUGAUCUCAAGUUUCAAAUUCGGGAUCUCUAGGUUUAGGUCCCGAAUUUAGAAUGUAACUAAACAGUCCUCGUCCUUUUAGGACAGCUCUAACCCGCUGAGACCACUCAAACUAAUUCCAAGCAUCUGGGGUUUGAUGGGUAAGUCUCUAUGUUUUCUGCUCUGAUCAGCCCCUAGAAUUCGAAAUUGUUGGAGUACCUUGACUUAAUGCAUCGCACAUGUCUCCCUUUAGUGUCUCACGUGUAUCUCUUUUGUGUCUUACGAUUCAUGUGUCUAGAACCUUUCGUAAGGGCCUGCUAUGAAUACCAAUACCCUACCAUGAGUUGAGUAAGGAGAAUAUGACUCUUCCUCAUUCUUGAAUUCAAAAACUCCACUCAUCUUGAACGCACAGAAUCUUUCUCAAGUGCUCCAAGAAAGUGAAAGAGGUUUGAUAGAGAUUGUCCCGAAUUUUUAAGUUGUCUCAAACAUUUUGAUAGCUGAAUAUAAGUGAACCCGAGAGUAACAAGUAAAUCAGUUGACGAAGACAAUAUUUACUGCAAAGAUUUUGCACAAACUAGUUGACAGAAACCAGUCGAGUGAAGAUGUGGCUUUUGGAUAAGAAUCAACAAUUAGCGUUAACAGGGACAAUGAUACUUGACUCUAGCACAAAUUGGUGACGAAUCAACAUAAUAAAUAGUGAUUCGUGUCAAAUGAUUCACAAAUCUGCUGUUCUGGAAACCAGAAAGUAAAUGCCGCUCUAAGAAGACCAACGGCCGCAAGAAGAAGGUAAAUGAGUCGCUGGAGAGUUCACACCUGAAGCUCUGGUACCAUGUCAGUUGUUGCUUAUUCCUUGACCUCCUGAGCCCUAAUUCCUUCGUCUGAUCAUCUCCGACUGCUCCAGAAGAACAAAAAGUAGUUGGUCGAAGCACUAAAAGGUUAUUCUCAUUUAUACACAGUUUUUUUACGUCGGGGCUGGUAUUCAUACCAGCCUGCUAAUAUGACAUAGGUAGAGAGAAAGAACCAGGCCGGUUUGGUUCAUAACAGGAGGGAGAAAACAACAAAAAGGAAAAAAAUACGUGGAUAAAACUUUAAAACAAACACAUCAUAUUACGACCAUUGAACCUUGAAGAAAAUGUAUGCUGAUUUUAGAACUUAUUUCCAUCUGUCCUUGAAUGGACACGUCUUGACCACUAAGAUUGACCUGAAUUUCUUCUUAGUGGCCUUUGAGGACCUCCAGAAAUAUCUCUCCUCUAUCCAGCGUCUCUUGAAUGGAAAUUGCUCACCAUUGAGGAUCGAUAUGGGGCUGGUUCUCAGGAAUGAGACCUCAUUGAAGACCCAAUUUGUUCACUUUAUCCUUAGAUCCGAUUCUAGAUUAAAUUGAUUCUUCAGCCAUCGAUUAAUUAUAUGAAACGCUUAUCUAGGUGACCUUGGACACGCCUUAUUUAAAAGAAAUCCCGAAUAUCAAUCUGUAGUCCAGGGUCAGGUGUCAUUCUGAGGUUUCUUUUGGCACAGGUAGAGACCAAAUAAAGAGUGGCAUAACCAGAUUUUUCAGGGAGGUGUCUCGUAGUUUUGAUAUUACAGAAAAUUGAAUUGUACUUGUUCACGCUCCUUUGAUUCUUGUUUCUAUGCAAACAGACUUGAUCCAUCUUCAUGUAUAAGUUGGAAAUCUUUGGGGCAGUCCCGACUAUAAAAGAACCAUCUAUUGUUGGAUGUGCCUCCAUGUUGGAUGCGUAUGAAGAAUCUCCUCCUGUUGCUUUGAAUUAAUUGUAAAUUUAGGUUCUUGAAAAGCUACGACUUAAAGCAUAAGUUGAAUGGAAGGACGUAGGAGGUAGCUAUCAAGGAAAUGGUUCUCAGUUUCUUUUGGAUCUCAAUGUUCUUAUUUAUCUUAUUAUUUUAAUAAUUAUAUAUAUAUUUUUAGCAUUAUCAUCGAUCCUUCAAAGCUCAGCGAAGGCUUGCACUAUCAUGAAGUGUAUGGCACAGACUGUAAAGCUCCAUGGCGUGGUCCUCUUUUUAGAGUACCAAUUACCAUAACGAAGCCUGCAGUUUUGGAAUCUGAUCGCCCAGCUAUUUCAUUGUCUCAGGUUCCUUUCUUACCAGGUAACUGCUAUAUAUUUUAACUCCAUCGUGAGACUGGUUCUAUUUCCAUGCAUAAUUAAUAUAAAUUAAGCUUAUUUUUUGGUCUACUGAUACAUCGAUUAAUUUAAUUUAUUUUUAGUUUUAUGGCUGAUUUUAUCUUUAUCUCUGCUUUUAUUUUUGCAUCUAUAAGUAUUCAUGUAAUGUAUUUUGAAGAAAAUAAAUUAGAGAAAGAUGAAAUAGAGGAACAAGGGGAGAAGAGACUACACAGUUCUGCCCAGAACUGGGGGUUGUUCACAGGAAGAGGAAAUACGACUUGUUUUAUCAUUUGAUAUCCUGUCUUAUGAAUUUGCUAUGAUGUUUAAUGGGAUAACAUUUAAAACCACCCCUGAUAAGUUCCACCGGACAGGGAACGUUGACCAAUAACGUAAUGUAAAGGAGGCCAACAAAGAGCCACAGCUCAUAAGGGGUUACCAGAUCCAUGAGUAAGGGAUCUGAUACCCAAUAAAAAAUAGCCCCGCUAGGGGAGCAUAGACAUUUUUCAUGUGAAGAUCCCACAAAGCUGAAGUGAGGUUAUCCUUUGUAGUUUUUAGCGAGAAUACCUGCUGCCUGUUCUUCAUACUUAACAUAAGGAAUAUUCAUGUCUAUAUUUUCAAGUCUUGCUCUAAUAACUGUCUCAAUUUCUAUAAUGCACAGAGGUGUGGAAACGCACUAAGCUUUCUUUUAAUGCAUAAUAGUGCACAAACCGUUGCUGUGAUAGGUGUAGUGUUUGAUUACAUGUCAAGUGAACUGAAAAGAGUCUGGCAUGCCUCUAGAUGAAAUGUGUGCACAUAGGUGAUUAGAGCAUAGACAUGACAUUAUGCUUCUACAUUUUUCGUGCUUACUUUACCAGUGAUUCGUCUCAUAUAUAGGGCACAUUGUGAGGAAGUUUAUUGAUGUCCCACUUGGUGCAACUUGGGUGGAAGCAACAAUGAGAACUUCAGGAUUCGAUACUGCACGUAGUUUUUUUAUUGGUGCUGUUCAGGUAUAUUGAUUCUUUUCCAUUUUUGGGAACACUGCCUUACUUGAGUAUCAUGCUGUUAACUGUAAAUAAGAAUGGAAGAAACCAGAGAAAAGCACAUGCACAUUAGUUUCAGACCUAUUUUUUUAACUAUAAAUAUGGAUUUUCGACUAACUACCUGAGCUGUUUCAAUAGCAUAGCCCCAAAGUGAAGAGGAAUGCAUAACGUUUACUUAUCACAUUCAGAAUACAUUUAAUAGAACCUUGGAAGUUGCUAUCUGCUGAAAAAUUGAAAAGGGAUUGUUUUCCAAUUUGCUUCGAUUUAGAAAAGAAAAUAUUAUCUUUGCAAAGAAAAGGUUUGCAACGCAAACACGGGCUCGAUUUUACACAAAUAGAAGUGCCAAAUUUUUGAAUUGAAUGUAAUUUUUUAUUCCGAUACAUUUUUAUUUUUUAGUAUUUUUCAUAUAGUAUGCACUCGUGGUUAUUACUGCAACACAUAAAAUAAUAAAAUCAUUAUGAAUAGCAGUUAUUUCAAAUUAUGAGAAGAAAUAGGACUCACAAUCAGAAAUACAAAAUAUAACUGAAUGAACAUCAGAUGGUGCAGCUAGAUGAUAAUCACAAAUUUAUUGAAAUUAGUUGAUUGGUGACUCAGUAUUGCGUUGAGACUUUGAAAGCUGAAAAAGGUAGUCAUAUCAUAUAAACUUAGUUGGGACACAGUGACUCGGACCAACUUUGCUCUGAUGCACUACAUCUUCAAAUGCCUCUCAGAUACGUGUUAAAAACCUUUUACUAUGUGACUCAACAGAUCCUAGUGCGUAUUCUAGAUCAGAAAAAUGGAAAAAAAACGAGAUGACUUAUGCUAAUUUGGUUGAUAUAUUCAGAUGACUUGGUGAAGAUGGGUACACAGAAAAAACCUUUGUUUUGGGUCCAGUUGUGAGCCAAAUGAGGAAUUGUCUCACAAUUUCUUUGAUAUUUCAUACAUUAGGAAGGAGAUAGCAAUUCAAACCGGCUAGUCCAUAUAGCUGAUGGCACAUUCCUAGAAGCAUACUUGAAGUCCUUUCUAGAGGGCUUAUGGAUAUUAAAGGCUUGAAGGUUUCGUGCUGCUAAAAGCAGUCAGAUAGAUAACCCUCUAAUCCUUUCUUGAGAAACCUGAUCACAUAUCUGACCUUCAGUCACAGAAAAAGGCAUCAUAAAUACUGAAAUUCUUUUUAUAUGCGCUAAAGAAUACCUUACAAUUUGUAACCUGAUCUGGAAUAUAACAUUGUCAGUGAUAAUCAAAUUUCAAUGGAAAUGUAAUGAUAAUGGAUGUCAAGCCUUAAACUUUUUUGAUCUCUAACUGUUUCAAGUUGGUUAGCCUAAAGUCUUUUGUUGCCACCUUUUAAUAUUUUGCAAUAAAUCAGAAGAAUAGUUGAAGUUGCUUCAAUUUUAUUUUCACAGAUUUUAUUUUUUGUAUGUCUUGCAGCUGUGCCCUCUUCAGAGGCCCAUUAAAUGGGAGAGUGUUGUGACAUUUUCAUCACCUUCAUCUCAAAGUUUCACUUUCCCCGUAAAAGGUGGUUUGGUAAUUGAAGUUAAUGUGGCCCAAUUUUGGUCUAGUGGCGUAGGGAGCCAUGAGUCCACUGUGGUCGACUUGGAGGUAUCUAGAUUUGUUAUAAAUGCAGGAUGCAUACUAAUCUCUCUUUCGCACUACUCUCUCUCUCUCUCUCCCCCCCUCCUCCCCCCCAACAUAUGAAUGAUGGUUCUUUUGUAAUUUCUCUCCUCUUUGUGGAAACUUCCUACAGUAUGCUUGUUAAUUUUUAUGCUUUUUUAUUAUACAAAAAAAAACUUUGUCCUAGAUUAAUAAUUAUUUCCAUAUAUGAUCUUGAGCUAUAAGAGCAUUUUGUCUUUAAUUAAUAAUGCAAGUUUUUAUGAAAAAAAUAAAGUCAUGCCAAUCAUAAGUGACAAGAUGAGAGAGGACCAAGAGAAAGGAAACAACAUGAAUGGAUUGUAUUGAUCUGCCCUCUAAGGAACUCUUCGAACCUCUUUACCAAGUUUUUACAAAUAUACAAAUGGAGGCAACAAUCGAAUUCAAUUGGACCAUAAGUAUAAGAUACUAGUCUAUAUGAAUGUUAACGAUUGAAAUGUGGAAAGAAAUAGGUACUAUAGAUUUCCUGGGAUAUGCAUGUUACUUCCCCUAUAAUUAAUGCUAGGAGUCUUUCAAUAACAAUUUGGUGGAGAGAAGCCAAUGACGAUUAAAUACCAAAGUUUUUGUCAAGAUGAGUUUUUGGUCCUAAUUGUCACGUAUGUGGUGACAAUUGAUUUCAAUGUGUUUUGUGCAUUUAUGUAACAUGGGAUUUUCAGCAGUCAGAAUAUUGCUUGUAGUGCCAACAUGUAAAGAAGUUUGUGCCAUGAGAGGAAAGCCUUAUUCCAUAGAAAAUAUCAAAAAGAAAAACCUCACUUUGUAUUCAGAUCAUAGGUGACUGUUAAGUACAAGUACCCUAGCAACAAAACAAGAAAACUACCUAACAACUAGGAAACCAAAAAAGUACGAAACAAAAAGGGUACACAAAGAGACGGUCCAACUAAGGACUGAACUCCUAGAUACAUGUUCUUUCCAACACUCUCCCUCAAGCCGAUAAAUAUUCUCCAUUCUCAACUUGGACAUAAUAUUCUGAAAUAUUGGACUAAUAAAACCUUAGUAAGUACUUCUGUAAGUUGGUCAUGUGUAACAAUAAGAUGUACAAAUCAAUCUGCUCUCCAACUUUUCUUUUAUGAAGUGUCUGUCAAUCUCAAUGUGUUUCGUUCGAUUAUGUUGUAUUGGAUUGUGAGCUAUGCUAAUUGUAGUCUUGUUGUUACAAUAGAGUUUAUUGCCUCAUCCCACUUAAUCUUCAGAUCUUCUAAGAUAAUUUUUCAAUUAGUAAUUCAUAUCGACCUUGAGCCAUUGCUUGGAAUUUAGCCUCUGCUGUGCUACUGCCUUUUGUUUCUUGCUUUUACUGGACAUUUUCAUUGGCCGAUCCUUCAGUUUCUUCUAAUCUGAAUACCUUUUCAUAAUGUCCCUUUGAUAUACUGUAGCACUUAGUGAACUGUCCCCCACACCAGAGGGCAUUGCUCUUGAGCCUUCAAUGGGGGGCAUUGCCCCCGACACCAGAGCCUUCAAUGGGGAGCCUUCAUUGUCCGUGAGUUCCUUGUGGUACUCGACUUACGGAUGAUUUUUUGUGCAACCUCAUGUUGACUGUACUUGUCAACAUGAAAAAUACAGGAUGCAAUUAUUAAAAAAUGAGACUCCUCUCUGAUCAUUUGAUUUUAGCUUACCCAAUCUCAUUCUGAAAUUGUUUGGAUCUCUACAUAAUUUACUCGUGAUCAAGAAGAGUAUCCAAUAGAGAAGGUUAUAUAACAAUGAUCUAGUUGUGGGAAGAGGUCGGUAAGGCAUUGAAAGGGGAGAGUUAGUGAAUAUCUUUUGUGAGGUGGCCAUGAUGAUGGUUUAAGUUGCUUGUAAACCAUCAAAUGUGGUGCAUCACUAUGAAUUUUCCCCUGCUGUUUUCCCAACUGCCCCGUCUCCUUUAAACUUUGAACCUUUAUCGGAUAUCAUAGCCGAAUUUUGACAAAAAGGGUUUCUUUUCAAUUCUAGUAGAUCACGGAAAAAGAACUCUACCGAACAUGCACAGGCUAUCUUCUGUCACUGUCGAGUGACCUGAGGUGUUUUAAAAACAUGACUGUCAAGAAAGGGAGAAUAUUGAAAAGGAAUAUUAACCUCCAUUCCUUGGGAAAUAAGCUAUUCAUUUGUUUGAGGAUAUCCAAAUGAUCUUUUUCAUUAAUGUUGUGCUGAAAAUAUUUUUUUCUUCUUACAUGAUUGGUAUCUACCCAUCCUACGCUAAAUCUUUUUCUUCUGAAACAUGUUCGAAAGUUUUUUUUCUCAUAGGAUAUUUACUUUUUAUGUGUAGUCUGAAUUCGGGGCAUUCAGCAGUUGUGUUUGAUGUGCUGCCAAUUACAUGAAUGUAGUUAUCUAUCUAAAACUAAAUUCUUAUACUCUACUUUUUCUUUGUCUUUUCGAUCAUUCCUAGAUUGUGUUCCAUGGGAUAAGCAUCAAGAAAGAGGCCGUGCUACUUGAUGGAAGUGAGGGACCAAUUAGAGUAGUUGCCAAGUCUUUGUUGUCAACUGAGAAACUCGUGCCUGCUGCUACUCUGGAAAAGGUAAAUGAACCCUUUUCAUUGUAAGAUGCGUUGCUCACAUAGGGAUUAACGCCUUCUGUUUCUCUGACCUUGUAGAUAAGAAUUCCUUAUCGACCUGUAGAAUCAAACCUUACAACGCUUCCAGAUAAUCGUGACAAGUUACCAUCUGGCAAGCAGAUCCUUGCUUUGACAUUGACGUGAGCUUUUUCAUGCUUCUUCUUUCUGCACACAUUGAUCCCUUUGAUUUCGAUUUUUUAACUUGUAUAUUUUAUGUCCGGUUUUCAGCUACAAGUUUAAGCUGGAAGAGCCUGCUGAAGUGAAGCCGCAUGUUCCACUGCUCAAUGAUAGGAUAUAUGACACAAAAUUUGAGUCACAGUUUUAUAUGAUUUCAGAUUCCAACAAGGUUUUCUCCUGCAUAAGUUUAUCUUAUUUAUGUUAUUUUAAUUACUGAUUUCCUUUUUCAUGGAGAAGGGGUUGCGUUUUCCAUGUCCUGAGCUGACUCUGACUGGUGGGAAAAUAUUUGCCAGGAUGCUAUCAAUAAUCUUUCUGUCAUCAAUUCGCCUUUGUACUCCAUAAAGCUGUCUUGUGAGCACUUACUCUAGGAGAACUAUAAUAUAUCAUUAGGUACAGGCAGGAUGCAACAAGAAACACACCCCCUCUCCCCUCUCAUGGUGCCACCGACCAAAAAAAAUGAGAAAAAGGAAUUUUUACUCUGCACUUAUUCGGAGAAAACUUCGACCUCUUUGUAGAGUUUUCCCUUGGCUCCAAAACAUCCAUGACAUCACAUGCCAUUAACUUGAACAGGCGAUUGGAAAGGGGCCUUUGGUUGGGGAUAUCAAGGCACACUUAAUGUCUGCUCAUCUUGCCGAUGGAUUAUUUGGAGUAAGAAACAGCAGUACAUCAGAGGUAGAAGUUAUUGAAAAAUUGAUAAAGGGAGCGUUAAGGUCGAUUAACAACUACCCAUUAGUUCCUACUAGGAUCUGUAAAGCAACCUCUACUACAUUGGUAACAAUCUAACUUCCUAUUUAAGGUUUUCAAAUAAUGAGUGCAGUACCGGCCAUUUCCUUGGACAGAUGGCAGUUUUUUUAUUGUUGAAACUUUUUGAUGAUCUGAGUAACAAGAAAGGGUUGAAAAACUAGAAUCAUUUGAUUGAAACCCUUUUUUUAAGAGGCUUUCCGUUUUUUCUGUCGUCUGAAGGCCAUGCAACCUCAGAUUUGUAUUGCAGUCUAUGAAUAAUAUAGUACAUGAGCAUUUAUUCAUUUUCUUGAUAUGUUAGAAAUUAAAAUGCUCAAUAAUAUGUUUAUCAAUAUACUGAGCGACAGCAUAUGAAUGCACAUCAUGCUCAUUCAGAUUUGAAAGCUGAUAUUGUUCAUUUCUUAUGUGUUACUAAGCGCGUGUAUGCCACUGGAGAUGUAUACCCAAAUUACGUGAAAAUCCCGAAGGGAGACUACAUUUUGCAGCUGUACAUAAGGUAUGAUGUGUCACCGUUGAUUAACAGGGUUAUCGUUUUUUCAAUGUGGUAUUUGUGCAUGUGUGGUUGUAUACAUAGAAACCUACUAGUUGAGAUAUUUUUGUUCACAAAACUGGAAGCUCUGGGGUAUAGAGCUUCAAUGUUACCUUUCAAUAUAAGCAGGUUCUAAGUAUGUCUUGAUUUAGUCACACAUGCAUCAUUGUGAAUAUAUUUCAUUUCAAGAUCCUGCUUAUAUCCUACUGCAUUUUGGAUAUGCGCCUGGAUAUUCACCAAGUGAUCAGCAUACUGUAAAUUAAGCUGAUGAAUUUCUUAUGGCCAUUGUAUCCGUUUUGAAGAAGCAAUAUUGUGUAUUGAUUGUCCACAUAUCAGGCAACCAUGCUCACACACAUGCACUAUACAUUUCUAUGCAUGCCAAACAUCAUGUCCAUUCUUUCAAUUUUUACUCAUCUUCAUCAUUUAAUUUUUUCCAAUGACUGGGAUUAAAGGGAGAGAUUGAAAUGAGAGGAUUCUAUAUGUUUAAUGAUCUAAAAUGGUGAUAUACUUUUAUAGCACAAAAGCACCAUUGUUGAGGAAAAUGUGGAUGCUGGCACCCAAACAACCAAUUUUUUGGAUCCUUAUCUAGUUACCUUGUUUCUAGUUUUCAUAGCCAUAAAUGAAACGAAUUAGAUGGUGAGACAAAGAGCUCAAGUGGAUGGUGCCGCGUUAGUACCAUAUAAUUUACAAACAUAUUUUGUCGUGCAGUGGUUGAGCUUCAUUUUCUGCUGUUCUCUCUUUUUCUCCGUUAUUUCUGAUUCAUUUUCCCCACAUAUUCCUCUACCAGUGGCACGAAAACUUGUCAUCCAUAUAUCCUCUAACUAGCAGACUCUCACUUAUUUCGAGAGCAGUGAAUUUAUAACCUUUAUAUUGUACAUUUUUAUAUGCCCUCGAUUUCCCAAAAUACUCCUUUUCUUAUUUAUCUUCUUCUUCAGAUGGCUUGCUUCCUAAUGCUCUCCUGUCAAUUUACUGUUUCCAUUCUGUGUAUUGUUUUUACUGUGUUUAGAUAAUGUCGACAUUUGACAAGUGAAAAAGAUGAUGACAAUAGAGAGCAUGGUAGAUACUCAUCCGAAAAAGAGAACAUAAACACGGUUUAGUGAGUUUUAUAUUGAUAAAUAAGAUUAGAGCACAUAACAGGGAUCUCCCAUUGUAUCAUAUCGACCAUGUUUAGUGCUGUUGAUUUCAUGUCAGCCUCUGGUAUUAUUAAAAGGUUGGCCAAUACCUUUGUCAUUACUCUUAUUUAUUAAUUGAUUGGUUUCCAGGCAUGACAAUGUUCAUUUCUUGGAAGAAAUGAAAGAGCUAGUCCUGUUCAUUCAAAGAAAGUUGGAGAAAAAGGUAAAUGCAUAUUUGAAAGGUUAAGUUAAAUGCCAACUUGGUAUCACUUUAUAUUACUCAGAAAUACUUUCGUUGUACAAACAAGAAACUAUAGUAACCCGUAUGUUGCAGUUUUUUGUAUCGUAGACAACGUCUGUAGUCUCAAUUAAUGCCCAACAUGAAGGACAUAGUCAAUGUUUUGCCAAAUAUGUUAAUUGAUUUUUGGCUGUCUGCUUAAGUGCUUAAACAAGUUCUACUACAUGGUUCAGGCCAUCAUGCUAAACAAAUGCCUGUGAAAAAAUGUGUCUACAUAUGAACGUAACUUUUGUAUGUUGGUCAAAGAUCUUCCUUCUUCAUUGGGCUCCAUUCGUUUGUUUAUUCUAUAGGGUUUGCUCAUUGUUUUUCAAUUUUUGUUACUGCUAAUCACCAAUUUUUUUAAUUUGUUCUAUUUUUCAUCCUGUGUACUUUCUUUAAGACUACCAGGUGCAUACCUAAGCAGUUUAACCAGCUUUGAGCUUUUGGAUGUGACGUACCUUGUCAUUUUUGCUGCAUAUAUAGAAAUGAUAUUAAAACAGAACUAGAAGAAGAUAAAAAAAAGGAAAAAGAGUCGGACAAUACCAAAUAUCUCACAUUAAAUGCAGCAUUUGUUGACUGCAGCCGUAUUAAAAUAUCCUCCACUAGAACGUUACAACUUUUUGAGUGAUGAUUGUUAGACGUUCUCAUCUAGUGCUCUCUGUGGUUUCCAUUUUUGUUCUAUAACAUCUGUCAGUCUGUCAAUGCCGUUUUGAUUAGUACUAUGGCGUUUGAUAGAUUAAAUGUGUGAGUUAUAUUACAGGUUUAGUUAGUUUGGUGCACGUCUACUUAUCAUUUAUGAAAAGCACUGCUCCCUUUUUUUUUUAGGGACAUGAAAGUCUGUUCACACUAUUUGAUUAUUGCGAUACAGGACUUCGUACAACUGAACUUUUUCUCUCAACCAGAUGGCCCAAUAACAGGAGAUGGCAUCUUCAAAUCAUCUGUACUUGUCCCUGGGUAUAUUUAGCUUUCAUUAUUUCUUAUUAUUAACGAUUCGUAAAAGUCUUUUGGUCCUUAUGAUAUCAUCUCGACAAUUUUAGUGAAGAAGAAGCAUUUUAUGUGGCUACGCCAAGUAGCGAAAAAUUUAAAAAGGUAAUUCGUCUAUGAAUUCUCAGGUUAGUUGUGAUAAAACAUGUUACAUUGAUUUAUGACAUUCCGGAUCUCUUUCAGAACUCCCCGCCAGGAUCAGUGUUAUAUGGUAGGAUUUCAUAUGGGAAGAUAUCCCUUGAUAGCAAGAAGAAUGGGCAGUCUCCAGUAUCGUAUCGGAUACUCUGCAUUGUCCCACCCAGCAAGGUUACUACACUUGGCGUUAAUUCUUGAACUUAAGCGGUCUAUAUUUUUUUCUUCCUAUCUCACUUCCAUUUUAUUCUCUCUUGAUAUCUCUAAUGACUUCUGCCAGACUGCAGCGAUCUAUCCGCAGACUUUUCUUCCAAACUUGUUCAUUUUACUAAACUUGGGUGCAUAUGUUUUUUUGAAGACUGAUGAGAGAAAAGGAAUGGACUCUGCUACAUGUGCGAAGAGUGUUCCAGAGAGAUUACAAGAAGAGGUAAUUCUUAUUCUAGAUCACCUUUGGUUCAUAUAACAGUGCUAGUGAGCUAGAAAUCUCUCUUCUACAUGCUCUUGUUUACUUAUCUUUCAUGUGUGUUUCUGUUGGAUCUUGAAACACUCGUGAUUAUUUAUGACCAUUUAUGUAUCCAGGGACGUCUUCUCCUCUGUCAUUUAUUGCAUCUGAUGCAUGUAACAAAUUCUAACAAUAUCCUCAAGCCCAAUAUUAUUUAUCCUAGUUUUGGAAGACGAUUAACUGCUUUUUAAGCUAACAUUUAUUUUGAUAUGAUAUUGCUUUAACCUGAGGAUCUUUGGAUGCAACAUCCUAUGUUCGCUACCAAAUAUGGCAGAAAUAAGCUAAUUCAUUGAAGGGGGAAUAACUGCAGAAAACCUACUAGUGCUAUGGUGCUUGGUCCAAAACCUUUCUUGCUAUAUUUUUGUUUCUGCUUUUUACGAAAUUUUUAGAUGAGUCCUUUCCAAUUCCUUCUUUUAUUCAAAUUCCUGGAUAAAUUGUUUUUAAGAGUUAUUUUCCACCAGGUUCGGGAUGCGAAAAUAAAGUUUCUGUCCAGUUUGAAACAGGACAACAAAGAAGAGAAGUCAGCAUGGAAGGAAUUAUCUAAUUCUUUGAAGGUAUUCUAUGUUUAUUUUUAAAAUGGAAUGCCUAAAAAGGUGUAAAAUCAGUUAAAUAUCUAGUGUUAAUAAAGUAGGUUUUGAUUCUCUAUUAUCAGUACUUAAUCCCGCUAUUAAACCUUGGAUUUGGAGAUUAGACUACGAAUUGCAGUAUUUCAUCAUCUUCUAGUAAUUUUCUGCUUGAAGUCUUUUCAUCAUCCUUGCAACACUGUUAAUUCAAUGUGGCUUUUUUUCAUUCAUUCGUCUUUACAUGCAGUCAGAGUAUCCAAAAUAUACACCGUUGCUUGCCAAAAUUUUAGAUGGCUUGAUCUCUAGAGGUCCUGAUGACGACAAAAUUAGCCACAAUAAAGAGGUAUUUUUUCGGUUUCAGUUUGCUUUUAUUUAAAAUUACUUUUUAACGAUAUCAGCAACUCUGCAUUAAUUUGGAAAUUGUACGACACAGAUACCUGGCUGAACCUGUUAAUAUUCGCCAUGAUUUCAUGAAAAUUGCAUGAGUUUAUCCUGCAAGGAAUCCUGCGAACAAUUGGCAUCAAUUUUUUUAUUUCUCUUCUUUCGGAAGAGGGUCGCAUCUUUAUAAGAACUCUUAAGUCUGUGAAGGUGAUCAAAAUUAGUCAUGUUGGUGGCGAAAAAUGACGUCUAUUGUCAUCUCCAUUGCUAAUUUGAGUCUCCAUCAAUGGUGAUAGAAAUUGGGAUUUGAAAUGUGCUUUGUUCUUGUGAAUUUUCGAGGUCGGAAAUUCAUCCUUGGUGACCUGAAAUUUCAUUGACGGUUCCAGAUUAUGUAUACCUUCAGCGUUUUAUAGUUCCUAGCAUUUAUACAGUGUAUCGCUGUAAUAGGAAGUGAACGUUUCCGUUUCAAGUUGAGGAAAAAUAAGCGUUGUAUAGGAAAAUAUGAUUGUAUUUUUGGUAGUUCAUGUUGAAAGAGUUGGAAUCAUCCUUAUUGGAGGUUUCACCGAAUAUAACAAUCUUCUCUGAUUUAUUUAGUUUGGAUCCUUGCUACAGCUGAACCUUUUCAAUAUCCUUGGAUCAAAGGGAAUUGAUAAUUUAUAUUCAUGUCUGCCUUGUGAUUACAUGGAGUGAAUGCUCUGCUGCCCGAUUCUAUAAGUUUCGUCUUUUAUCGAUUCACACUGCCUGAAUGAUGUUUUCACUCAACUUUUCUCUCGCAGAAGGUUGACUUUUUUAUUUAUUUUAAUAUGUCAGAUAAUAAAUGCGGCUAAUGAUGUAAUCGACAGUAUUGACAAGGAGGAGUUAGCUAAGUAUUUUUCAGUGAAAUUUGAUCCGGAGGAGGACGAGGCCGAGGUGGACGCCCUUUCCUUCUUGAUUUCGGACCAACUAUCGGCUGAUAUGUGUUUUCACAUGGAUAUUUUGCAUACUUCUCUUUCACGAAUUCUCGCCGCGUCUACAGAAAAUCAAGAAGAAGAUGGAGCUGACGCGUGACCAGUUGACCGAAGCGUUGUACCAGAGGGGACUAGCGCUCUCCGAAACCGAAUCCUCCUCCGAGGUGAAAAACGGAGCCACAUAGUUUAUUCAAGUUGACUUUGCUGAUGCUCUCAAACCUACCAAAAUAAACCACUCCUUUUAUAAGCUGGGAAAUUAUGGCACGACAGAAAUGCUGGUUUGCCCACAUCUUCCGGUCUCAUUGACUUUUCUUCCCUUAAUGUCUUGUAUCGAGCAGAAGGGCAGCCCUGGAUCUGCUGAGGAAACGGGGGGAGGCGCAUCGGAGCUUGGCGCCAAGGUUCUCUUUGAGGAGAAUUUCAAAGAGCUGAAGAAAUGGGUGGAUGUAAAAUCGUCCAAAUAUGGCAUGCUUUCUGUCAUACGGGAGAGGAAGUCUGGAAGGAUUGGCACAGCAUUGAAGGUAACCUUCUUUCCGAAGCUAGCUCACCUUUUCCGUUCUCUGCUAAGAUUCUUCCCCAUUCACGCUACAUGCAGUCUCUAUUUAUAGGAAGUUGCUGACGAGUAUGGAAGAAAAAAAAGAAAAAAAAAAAGAACACUAGCCGUGAUUUAGUAAUCUCAUGAUCAAUGAAUGGUGGUUCUAUUCGAAAGUUCCUGAACAUAUUUUUUAUAUUUUCCAUUAUCGGGAAGUAAAAUAAAAUAUGAGAAUUUCACUAAUAAUUUCUCUGCUGCUACCUCUCCUCUUGCUUACUAUUAAUAUUAUUUUUUUUUCCCUUUCAUGGCAGAUUUUGAAUGGAAUGAUCGACCAACAGGGGGAACCCGCAAAACGGAAGCUGUACGAUCUUAAGAUCGAACUGGCAGCCGAAAAUGGAUGGGCCCACGUGGUCGCUUACGAGAGGCAGUGGCUGCACGUUCGCUUUCCUCCGAGCCUACCCCUUUUCUAA